AUGUCGUUCAACCCGCGCAUGUCGAUAAUACCGGCGUCGCAAACAUCGUCGCGCACACAGCGCAAGAAGGAGGAGGAAGCCGACGCCUUCAUGCGCCUCCCCGACAAAGAGAUUGUAGGAUGUAUCACCGAUAUUGGCAUCCCCUUCACCGUGGCCGACCUGGCAAAACCCAAUCCAGUGCAGGUCCAGAUGAUAUUUGAGUGGUUCGCAGAGCUCCUCCUCAAUGCAACACGCGAGACCAUCGAGCCCGCUAUGCACGCUGCAGCUCAAGAUUUCUAUGGGGAUUACCCUGAUGUGAUAUCACCAGAUACUAGGAAUUUGAUGGGAUUCUAUGUCAGCCUGCGCCGUCUGCUGCAGGAGUGCGGCAUCAACGAUUUCAGCUUCACGGACCUAUACAAGCCAUCGCGCGAGAGACUGGUCAAGAUUUUCAGCUACUUGAUCAACUUUGUGCGUUUCCGAGAGAGUCAGACACAAGUCAUCGACGAGCAUUUCGACAAGGCUGAGAAAACAAAGGCGCGCAUCGAGACUCUGUACCAGGACAACCAGGACAUGGAGGCACGCCUAAACGAGAUGAAGCACAACCGAAAAGCUAUGGAGGCGCAGGUCCGCGAGAAAAACGCGAGGAACGAAGAGUUGAAGAAGAACUUGUUGGAACUGCGACGAAACCAAGAAAAGGUCGCCGCCAGGCUUGAAGAAGCCAAGGAGAAAAAGGGAGAGCUGGCGCAAAGAUUGGAACAGAAGACUGCCGAGAAGCUCCAUUUGAAGCAGGAAAGCGCAAAAUUGAGACCAUAUACACUUCAGAGCCCGAUCGCCUUGCAAAACAGCUUGUCAGAACUCAACAGCACGUUGCACGCGGACAAGCAACAUAUUGAGUCACUCGAGAGGCGAGCGAGAGCACUGCAAACUUCCACGGACUCAUUCACAGUUGUGGCAGCAGAUGUCGCUUCCUGCAUCAAGACAUUGGACGAGAUUGCCGACGAAUUGGCAAAGGAAGAGGAGGAGAACAAGAGGAACGCCAGGCAACGGGAUACCCUCACGGAUCGGGGGAAAAACGCCAAAGACAUUGAGCGCCAACAGCAUCUCCUCGAGAGACAGCUGGCAAAAUGGAGCGAACGUACUGAAAAGCUCCGAGAUCAAAGCAGAGAGAAGGCUCAAGAAGCUAAAGCAAAGAUGGAGGAAUUACGCGAUUUGCACAAGAAUCUUACAGAAGAGCGGGCCACAAAAGGCACAGAGAUUGAGAGGCGGCGUGUUCGAAUCGAGCAGACUGAGAAAAAGAUGUUGGACUUGAAGGAGAAUGUCGAAAAUGAAGUACGCGCUGCCCAAGACGAGUAUCUGAAGAUGGAGGCCCACAUCAAGCUGUACAUCACAGAGAUGGAUCAGGCUAUCUCAGCCUGA